UCUCCUCCUCUCCCUCUCUUAUCCACUCUGCGACCUUCACUUGCUUCUUAGCUUGACGAGCUUAGCUAGCUGGCUGCAGGUGAGGUCGAGCACUGAUGCAACGCCAUGGCUGAGGACGGCAAGUCCAACGACCAAAUCCUCCAGGAGCUCGACGCGCUCAGCCACAACCUCUACCAAGCGCACACCAACCGCCGCACCACCUCCCUCGCGCUCCCUCGCUCCGCCGGCGACGGCAAUGCCGAUGGCUCCGACGCCGUCCGGGCCGCGGCGCGCCCGCUCUCCCGCCGCUUGUCCAUGUCGCCGUUCCGGUCGAGGCCUAAGCUGGACAAGAACGAGAACGAUGGUGAUGACGAUGACGCGGGGCCGGGUCUCGUAGGCGUGGCGGCGCCGUCCAAGAGCCAGAGCUUCGCCGCGGUGACCACGGCGCCGGCCGUGGCCGGGGAGAAGAAGGGGAUAUGGAGCUGGAAGCCGAUUCGCGCGCUGUCGCACAUCGGCAUGCAGCGGAUGGGCUGCCUCUUCUCCGUGGAGGUGGUGACCACGCAGGGCCUGCCGCCGUCCAUGAACGGGCUGCGCCUCGCCGUGGCCGUGCGCAAGAAGGAGACGCGCGACGGCGCCGUGCGGACCAUGCCAUCGCGCGUGCAGCAGGGCGCGGCCUACUUCGAGGAGAUGAUCUUCGUCCGGUGCCACCUCUACUGCAGCGGCGGCGGCGCCACGGGCAAGCCGCUCAGGUUCGAGCCCCGGCCGUUCCUCAUAUCGGCGGUCGCCGUGGACGCGCCGGAGCUCGACUUCGGCCGGAGCGCCGUGGACUUGAGCCUUCUCGUGAAGGAGUCCACGGAAAAGAGCCAGCAAGGAGAGCGCGUCCGGCAAUGGGACAUGGCGUUCCCGCUUGCCGGUAAGGCAAAGGGAGGCGAGCUCGUCGUCAAGCUGGCGUUCCAGAUCAUGGAGGACGGAGGCGUCGGGUUGUACAGCCAACCAGCUGUUGGAGGCAAGACUAGUUCCUCUUCGUCCUCCUCCUUGUUUGCUCGGAAGCAUAGCAAGUCGUCGUUCAGCAUCGCGAGCCCGAAAGUGACGCGCUUGGAGCCGUUGCUAACGUCUUCGAAGGGCGCGCCGUCUCCGGACUUGCAGGGCAUUGACGACUUCAAGCUCGACGAGCCCAGCCCAGUGGUGGAGGUCAAGCAGGAGCAGCAGAAAGAGCCGGAGCGCGAGCCAGAGGAAACAAAAGCCGAUGACUCGGAGUUCCCGGAGUUCGACGUCGUCGACAAGGGCGUGGAGGAGCAAGAAGAGAAGGAUGAACCGAAGGAAGAUGCCGAAACCAAGGAGGGAGAGAAGGUGGGAGAGGAAGAGGCUUCGUCCGCCGCCGGUGACGAGGUGGUCAAGGAGGUGGUGCACGACAGCGCGCACACAUGGCGCCUCAAUGAGCUCGAGGCGAUCACCAACCAGAUCAAGGCCCUCGAGAAUAUGAUGCUCGGUGACGUGACGGACGCGGCCGCCAAGUCGGAGGAGGCGCCACAGGAGGAGGAGGUGGCGGGGCUGGAGGCCGACGAGGAGGAAGUGACAAGAGAGUUCUUGCUGCUGCUGGAACAAGGAGAGGAAAAGGACGCGACCGCCCGGUCACCGGCUCCUCAGGUGUCCUCGCUCAAGUCAGGCGCCAAGCCUGGUUCCGGCGCCGACGUGUCGUGCUACAUCUCCGACCUCGGCAAGGGGCUCGGCCCCAUCGUGCAGACCCGGGACGGCGGCUACCUGGCCGCCAUGAACCCGUUCGACAUCCCGGUGGAGAGGAAGGAGCUCCCCAAGCUCGCCAUGCAGCUGUCCAAGCCGUUCAUUCUCCGGGACCAGAAACUUCCCGCCGGCGGCGCCGAGGUGUUUCAACGCCUGUGCGCCGGCGGGUCCGAGGCUCUGUGCGCAAAGUUGGGCGCGCUCAUUGCCAUGGAUGAUGUGGUCGGCAAGACGGCCGAGCAGAUCGCCUUCGAGGGCAUGGCGUCGGCGAUCAUCACCGCACGGAGCAAGGAGCUCGUGGCGAGCUCCAGCGCGGCUCAGUCCGUUUCGUUUCUCCGGACAAUGUCCGCGGCGAUGAGCUAUGGGCGCCAGGACAGGAUCGCCACCGGCAUUUGGAACGCCCAGGAAGCGCCGGUGACCGUCGACGAGAUCCUGGCGUUCACACUGCAGAAGAUAGAGACAAUGACCAUCGAAGCGCUCAAGAUCCAGGCCGACAUGGCCGACGAGCAGGCCCCGUUCGAGGUGUCGCCGGUUACCGAGAAGCUGGGGGUCGGGCAUCUGCUGGACACCGCCGUGCCACCGGAGGAGUGGGCCAGCGCCUGCGUCGGGGCGGACGCGGUCACCUUGCUUGUAGUGGUGCAGCUGAGGGAUCCCUUGCGCCGUUACGAGGUGGUCGGCGCGCCGUCGGUCGUGAUCAUCCAGGCCACACGAGCCGGCGGCGGCGCCGGGGACGACGAGCCGAGGUUCAAGGUGGCGAAUAUGCACCUCGGGGGCUUGCGGCUGAAGUCGGCCGACCGGCGCAACGUGUGGGACGGCGAGAAGCAGCGGCUCACGGCGAUGCACUGGCUUGUCGCCUACGGGCUGGGCAAGGCCGGCAGGAAGAGCCGGCCUGCCGCGGCAGCGAAGGCAGGGCAUGAGGCGCUGUGGAGCAUGUCGUCGAGGGUGAUGGCUGACAUGUGGCUCAAGCCAAUGCGCAACCCGGAUGUGAAGAUCUCCCAGUAGUAGCUGCGGUGAACCUGGCUGCAGAUAUCAUGUUCCAGGUUUCAGAUAGCGUGUAAUUUGCAUAAUUUUGAAUUUCCAGAUUGAAAAUAAUUUCAUGCGCACUGCGAUUGUAAUAAGACCCUGUCUAGGCAUCAGGUACAUAUUUGUUAUGUUCUGUUUACCUUUUGUUUGAGAAUAUUGUAAGAAUCUAUGCAAUGGAUCAAGAACAUUGUUGAUGCA